UUAGGCACCAACUAAUAUUUAUAUUUAUAUUUGCAUUAUAAAAGUGUGAGGUAAGGUUUAAUUAAUUGCAGUGAAUUAAAGAUGGUGUCCUCCAUUAGAAUUUCUAGAGCAGUGGUGCUAGUUACCAUUACCAGUACCAUGAUGAUAAUGUCAUUCUCCUCCCUUGCCAAUGCAAUAUCAUCACCAUCAUCAUCAACUGAUGAGGGAGAGGCUCUGCGCAGCACCGGUUGGUGGAAUUCUACUUCUGCUCAUUGCACCUGGGAUGGUGUACGUUGCAAUAAGGCUGGAAGCGUCACUCUCAUAGAGCUUUCCUAUCUAGGAAAAAAAUUGGGUGAGCUUAGCAAAUUGAAGUUCUCUUCAUUUCCCAGCCUGGUUGAGCUCUUCCUUUCUGACUGGAGACUCAAUGGUAGAAUCCCUCACCAAAUAGGUACUCUUACUCAACUCACCUCCCUACAUCUCUCUUCAAACAAUCUUACAGGUGAGCUACCUCUUUCCUUGGCUAACCUCACUCAGUUGGAGUCCCUCGUCCUUUAUUCUAAUCGACUACAUGGUUUGAUUCUUCCUGAAAUUGGGAAAAUAAAGAAUCUGACUUUUUUGGAUUUGGGCAAUAACAAUCUUACUGGUAUCAUCCCUUCAUCUUUUGGUAAUCUUACCAAUUUGACUUUUCUUUAUCUUGAUGGUAAUCAAGUAAGUGGUUUUAUCCCUCCUCAAAUUGGGAAAAUGAAGAAUAUGAGGUUGCUCUAUCUUUCUUCUAACGGACUACAUGGUCCAAUUCCUCCUCAAAUUGGGAAAUUGAAGAAUCUGAGGUUGCUCUAUCUUUCUUCUAACGGACUACAUGGUCCAAUUCCUCCUCAAAUUGGGAAAUUGAAGAAUUUGGAGGUGCUUUAUCUUUCUUAUAACAGACUACAUGGUCCAAUUCCUCUUGAAAUUGGGAAAUUGAAGAAUUUGAAUAUUUUGAAUCUGAGUUAUAACAUCCUUAUUGGUGUCAUCCCUUCAUCUUUUGGUAAUCUUACCAAUUUGACUUCUCUUACUCUUAGGGGGUGUUUGGUAUGUCGGAAUAGGGAAUGAAUUUGAUGAUUCCAUUUCUAGCAUU